AUGUCAGACAUUGAACCUGCCAAGAACGAAUCCCAAGAUGGCAUCAUCAAUAUUGACAUUUCACCAACACAAUCCUCCACUUCAUCUUCCACGAAACCAAGUAUCAUUCCUCUCCUCAACAUUUUAAAAAAGAAAAAUGAAACUCCAGAACCUAAUAAUAACGGUGGGAGUUCUUCUACCGGAAAUAACGAGUAUCAUCACAUCAAUAAUAAUAAUAAUAAUAAUUAUUUAAAUAUUACCAGAUCGAAUAGUACACUAAGUUCUUCUGGUCUGGUAGAUAAUUAUGAAAAUUACUAUCAACAAAAUGUUAUUCAACGAUCGGAUAAGCAUGUAUUUGUUGUGGGAAGGAAAGGAAGUGGUAAAUCAUCAUUGAGUAGAGUCUUGUUAAUGUUGGAUCAAUCGGAGGUGUAUAAUCAACCUCCUUCACCAAAAUUACUUGAUAGCAGCUCAACUAGUAGCUCCAAUAUUACACCAAGAAAAUCUAGUUGGAAAUUUUCAUCCUCUACCACUGAUGAGUGUGCAUUGACUUCGAGUGGAACGGAAACCUAUCGAUCAUUAUCUUCAUCACCAAGACAACAAUCGGAAACUACCAAUUCGCAAUCAGUCUCUACUUCAUCAUUGAAUGUUGCACAAAGCUCUUCGAAAUUAUCACAAUUCAUCAACAAUUUCAGAUCCUAUUCACCAACAACUGGAAAGAAAUCACCCUCCUUUGAGAAUAUUCAAGAAUUGGAGAGUGUGGAUUCAAAAUCAAUUAUGGCUUUUAGGAUUUUACAAUAUUUUGCGUGGCAAUUAGAAUUGGAAACUUUACUGAUAUUGUAUCAUCCAGAUACUAUUAACAAGUUUCUUUUUCCUCCACCUUUAAAAAAGAUAUUGGGAUGGGAAGAAUUUGUUCAAGAUUCAGAUAAUGAAUAUCUUGAUAUUGUGGAAAGAAUUGCUAAUAGUGAGCCAGAAGAUGUUAGAUUUGAAGGAUUCUACGAAUUGGCCAAACAACAUCAAAUAUUUAAACUAACAGUUUGGGAUCAGAGACAUGAAGCCAAUGUCAAUUUUGAAGAGAUUCCAACACUAGUACAAUUGAAACAGUUACUUUCCCAUUUAAAUAUUUCUUCCAAUAAGAAAUUCUCAGCAAAAAAAUCCUAUUCAUUCAGAAAUUCCUCUAUGAAACUAUUCACAGUUCAAGACUUUCUCAAAGUUGAUGGUUUGGAACUUCCUUUCUUGUCUAACUUUUUACAAAUACUUUCCUAUAGAAAUACUAUCAAAGAAAUGAAUAUUAAUAGAAAUUCAGAUUAUAGACUCUUACUGGCAUCUGAUAAAAUUAUAGGAGAUGUGAUUUCAACCUCUAAAACUGAACAUACCUUUAUUAAAUACAAGGGUAAUACUAUUAAUAUUGUGGAAUGUGAAAAUUUGGAUGAAAUGAUUAAUGCAAUGAAUUUAUUUGAAUUGAAUGGUAACAAGAAGAUAGAUAUGAUAUUCUUUGUAUUUUCACUGUAUGAAUUUUUUGUAGAUCAGUCAAAAUAUAGAUUAGCAAUGAAUACAAUGUCAGAUUGGAGAAGAUUAAAUCAAGAUGAACGAUUCAAAUCAUGUCCUAUUAUUUUAAUUGGUAGUAAGGCUGAUAUGGCACUAAGCUCCUCUCCUGCCAUCACAAGAAUGCCAUCUUUUGGAUCUGGAGUAGAGUCAUGUCAGGCAGACGAUGAUUUAAAAUCAUUCCAGAAGGACAUUUCCAAAAUAUUUCUCACCAAUGAAAAUUUAGAACCAGUUGGUGCUUCACUAACUCUUCAGAUUACCUCAGAGAGUUCCAUGAUUACCAAAACAUCUUCUCAUCCUUCCAUAAUUACUGGAACAUCUACACUAUUAAGUGCUUCAAAUAUUUCAAGGAGAAGAAGUGCCUCCUCACCAAAAGAAAUGAUCUUUGUGCCACCCAAAUCUAGGAAGAAGCUCCUCGAAACUGUAACUAAUAGAUUUCUAGAAGAUGAAUCUGUAUCUCAUGGAAGAAAAACUCAACUAUUGGAAGACUCUUGCGUUAUUUCGUUUAAACAUGAUGAUGAUAUUUGGGACAAGUUGACAAAAAUAUUUGGUAAAUUCAUUACGCCAGUCACAAAUAUUCGAUUUGGAUUUUAUGGAGUUGGACCAAGUUCAAAAAGUACAAUAUUCAAUCACAUGGUGAAAAUUAUUCAGAGAAGAGAAAGCAACCCAACUGGAGAUAAGGUCCUCUCUCCAUCUUUAAUGUUCAACUAUUAUGUGAAAUCGAUAGCAUCAGCAUGGAAAAAGAUUUUAGAGCUGAGAAAUGUUCAACUUAAGGCAAAAAAUAUAGAACCACACAGAUCAUCAAUAAUAACCAAGAAAAAGUCGGCAACUCUCACUUUACGAGGAAUUGACAGUCCUAGAAAUUCAACAAACUCUACAUCAUUUAAAAUUAACAACCAAAAUGAUGAAAAUCGAAAUAUAGAGGAAGAUUUAAUGGAUCGUGUUUCAGAUCUUGAUUCAGAAUCCAAGAAUUUAUAUACAUGGUGUAUUCAAGUAUUGAAAGCUGAUAUUCAAUCCACGAUAAGAUUAUUGAAUGAGGAAAUUAUCAUUACUCUACAAAAUCAUUGGACUAAUAAGGAAAUGAAAGAAAUUUGGAAUGAAAAUUAUCUCAAAUCGGAGAACAGCAGCAAGUUACAGAACUUGUACUAUUUGAUGGAAUAUUUGGAUCAAGUUCACAAAAACAAUUUUGCCUCUAUUUAUUUGCAAUCACCAAGAAAGAACACAAUAGUUCCUAAAAUAAGUUUUCCUGUAUUCUUAAAAACCUACACGACUGUCAACUUGUUAACAGAUGUAUUUUAUUUGGCAGGUCAAAAAUGUACAAUAACUGUUUCGAGAGGAUCCAAAGAAAGAUUCAUUCAACAAUGGAGAAUGAGGAACAAAUCAAAAUAUGAUGUAGUGUUCUAUACUGUAAAUAUUUCUAAUUACGACAUGCCACCAGAGUUAACAAUAUCCUCAAGUGAAAAUGGAGAAGAUCAAGAUGAUGUGAAGAGUCUUGCCCAAUCCAUAAUUUACUUCCACGAGCUAAUGUCUAAUAUUUUACUUAACAAUCCUAAAUGUGUUCCAUACUUGAUAUUUACACAUAAGGAUAUUUUCUUGGAAAAAGUGAAAAGUGGGUCAUUCCUAAUCAAGCAAGAAAAUCUUUCAAAACGAUCCAGCAUUGAUUUGGGAAUAACAAGAAGAAGUACCAAUCAAGAAGACUUCUCAGAGCUUACCCAAACAAAAUUGAACAAGAAUGAGAUGAGUAUUCUUAAUCCAAGACUUGGUUUGAAAGAAGGUUCUUCUGAGCAUAAUUAUGCAUUAACCAUUAUUUCUAAAUACUUGGAUUUUUCGUUUGCCACUCCAAAUAUUAGAUCACUUAUUAUUUCUAAUACUUUCCUACUUGAUGCUACCAAUGAAGAAGAAAGCAGCUCUUUCAUUGAACAAAUGUUGGAUAAACGAGUUGUAAGUGAUUUUGAAAUUGAUUAUGAACUAGGUCUGGGCAAUGGUUUAAUGAUGGGAACUAGAAUUGCUUCGGUAUUGAAAUAA